AUGGAGGCCGUCCAGGCGUCGUUCCAGAAGGUGGAGAAGAUUGGGGAAGGCACCUAUGGCGUGGUGUACAAGGCUCGCAAUAAGCGCACGGGGCAGCUGGUGGCCCUCAAGAAGAUCCGCCUGGACGCGGAGUCAGAGGGUGUCCCCAGCACUGCGAUCCGAGAAAUCUCACUGCUGAAGGAGCUGAAGCACCCUAACAUAGUCAGGCUCCUGGAUGUCAUACACAGCCAGAAGAAGCUCUAUAUGGUGUUUGAGUAUUUGAAUCAGGACCUGAAGAAGUACAUGGACUCAUGCCAAGCUGGAGAGCUUCCUUUAAGCUUGGUCAAGAACUACCUGUUCCAGCUGCUGCAGGGUGUGAGCUUCUGCCACUCUCACAGAGUCAUCCACAGGGACUUGAAGCCGCAGAACUUGCUCAUUAACGAAGCAGGAGCAAUCAAGCUGGCUGAUUUUGGACUGGCAAGAGCUUUUGGGGUCCCCCUACGCACAUACACUCAUGAGGUGGUGACUCUGUGGUACCGAGCCCCUGAGAUACUGCUGGGAUGCAGAUACUACUCGACCCCUGUGGAUAUCUGGAGCAUCGGCUGCAUCUUUGCAGAAAUGAUGACCAGGAAGGCCCUGUUUCCAGGGGACUCUGAGAUCGAUCAGCUCUUCCAGAUCUUCCGCACCCUAGGCACUCCCACCGAGGUGACCUGGCCUGGUGUGACCCAGCUCCCUGACUACAAGAGCAGCUUUCCCCGGUGGCCAAGGAAGGAGAUGAAGGACAUUGUUCCAAACUUAGAUCGGGAUGGGAGAGACUUACUGACACAAUUGCUCCUGUAUGAUCCCAGCAAGCGCAUCUCAGCCAAAGCUGCCCUCAACCACCAGUACUUCCUCUGCAGAAACUCUGGGAGCCCUGAGCAGCGACCUGUGCUGAGGAGAGACUGCAGAUGA